AUGACUAAUCAGAUACCGUUAUUAGGUUUUAUAUACAGAACAAAAGACGAAGAAAGUGAAACUAUGGCUCGGUUGAUAUCGGCGGGUAAACAUGAAAUUGAUGUGGUAUUUUAUUCAAGUAUUGACGAUAUUCAACCGGGAAGAGAAUUCGAAACUGAACGAUAUCUUAUCAGUGUUGAAGAGAGCAAUCUUAAUGAUCAGCCAUGCCCUCGGCCGAGUUAUGCUGUCAACGAUCCAACGACAAAAAACAGACCAAAGUCAGCAGGAUUCGUUCCGCCGCGUUUAGUACCGAAGCCUGAGCCACCACCUCCUCCUCUUCCUUCUACUAUGUCCUCAUUAGAACGACAUAAUCCAAAUCAAUGGGGAUAUGCGGGAAUGACCACAGCCAUGAAACGCACUGCUUAUGAUGAUGACAAUGAAAACCAUGAAAAUCAUAUAACAAAAAUAUCGAAAUCAUCCCAUUUUAUCCCACCGACAUUUCAGAAACGUGAACCUAUACCAUCUGAGAGACCAAUCGAACCAUUAAUACCUUUACCAAAUCCACAGAUUCAACCGGGAUUAAUAAAUGACUCUCUCAUGUCUCGCUUAUUGAACAAUCCUCGACCUCAAGAAACUAAACUCUCGCCUAUCAAACAGUUUCCAUCUAUGUCUUGGUCAGCUUGGGACGAAAAAAAAUCUGACGACGAAGACACAGAUUCUCAUCCAAACAAGCCAGAUGACAAUAACCUUCCUGACUUAACUUCAGCAAAACAAAUGUACAAUUGGCAAAGUCUAGUCACAUCCGCAGGACAAUUACGACAAGCAAAUAGUAAAACAGAUACAUCAGAAAUCAUGCCUAAAUUCGACUUUGAUGAUAGUUCUUUUGAUGCUAUAUUUGAUAAUCUGGAAAGCUAA